GCGAAUAAGAUGCCGGAACAUACUCCCGCGCCAACUCCACAUCGGGCAGUGUAUGGCUUCGCAUUAUACCUGAGUUUUAAAGUAUUUUUCGUGUUAUAUGUAAUUUGGGCAGUGGUUCCCGAAUCGUGGUUCAAAUACUUAAACAUAACAUGUCUCCCUCAAAGAUAUUGGGCUAUUGCGGUACCGAUAUUCAUUAUCACCUCCUUGUUAAUCUUUGGAUUUAUUAUCUACCCCAGUAUAAACUUAUGUAUGACUCCGGAUUUUAAUGACAUAAAUACUAUUACGGACGAGACGACACUUCAGCGAAAGAUUUCUAAGCAGCUAUACACGAUUACGAAGAAUUCUUCGCGGGAUUGUAAUUGUACAGAUAGCACAAAAUGCGAAAGGCGACAAUAUUUAAAGGAAUUUAAAAAUUUUAAUGAUAAGUGCAUUCCUUCCGCUGAAGAUUUAGAUAUAAGUGAAGUUUCAAAGCUAUUAUAUUCAAAAAAUAAACACGAGUAAAUCCCA